AUCAUUUCACUGAUGGAUUUAAUGCUGUAAAACAUAAUGGCUCUAAACAAAAACCUGUUGAUCGUGAAAAUGGCCACGUGCCCCUGACCCGUGCCGACAAACUGGAGAGGAUGGCCGAGCAUCUCCACGGCAGCACGCUGUCUGCGUCUGGGGCCCCACACCCCAUCCCUUUCCUCACACUGGAACAGAAGGCUGCCUUCGUCUUCGUCCUCCUACUCUUCAUCUUUCUGGGGCUGCUUAUCGUGCGCUGCUUCCGAAUCCUUUUGGAUCCGUACAGCAGCAUGCCGAGUUCCACAUGGACAGACUAUAUGGAAAAAGACACGUUCGACUACCGCAUUGCCUGAGCUGCUAACCAGAUUUUAGGCUAGGAGACAUGCGAUGAUUACCUCACGCGCGCACACACACACGCAAACGCCGACACACAACCACCACCACACCUCCUCCAUCACCUCAGAGCCAGCUGUAUCCCUCAAGUGUUGUUGUUCCGUGAUGGUAGUUUUGUGUACUUGUGGGUCUGGUUUUUCCAUUUGAAAACUGCACUUAAACACACUUUCAUGUCUCACGUGUUCUGACAGGGUUUUUCAGCUCAUAGCUUCCACCACUGAUGUCACGUUCAGCAUGGCUGACAAGUCUUAGCGAUGAAUCUUUUAUGUUCGAAACCAGCCAAAUAGCUUUAUUACGGACGAACAAUAUGGUUAAUUAUUUUCUAUGUCCAAGGAAACGACAAAUUCACAGUUCCGUAAUUGGGGGGGGGGGAAUUAGGUUAAUCCAUUUCGCAAUUAAUCAUUCCACACUUAUCAUAAAAGCCCAGUGCAUUGGUUCCAGGAUGAUCCUCUGAUGAUCUACAUCCUAUGAGCUCUUUGGUUUGGGACUCUUGAGCUUUGCGCCUUAUAAAUCCGUGUGUUUACAGAGCAGCCAGAGAAACUGGCCUUGCUGUUAUUCAGCUAAAUGUCAAUCAGUGUACUGACCUACCAGCCUCUUUGGGCAAACUGAAUGUUUGAUUUACCAGGUCCUUUCCCUGCCUCUCUCUACGGUGUUCUUAAUAGAAUGAGUCUAAUUUCCUCUCUGUUGUUCUUCAGUAUUUGACGAUGUUGAAAUGGACUGUUCUAUCAAACGUUUGCCGUUUUGCCCGGGCUAUCAGCACAGUGCUUUUUUCUUCUCAAAGUCUGGUUCACCUGUGAUUUGCUUGACUUACAUGUUCAAUAGAAAUUAAGCUGAAAUAAACAGGUCCAAUAUGUGUCUUGCGUGCAGAGGAGGUCAAUAUUGCCAUUUAGGUGCAACUUAGCUAUCGCUUUCAAGUCAGUGGUACGGCGGUGUUAUUUCUCCACAACACCGAUGUGCUGUUCUCACAAUGCACAUUGUGUCUUAGCUGAGUGGCGUGUCCAGUAUUUUUGAGCCUUUAAAAUGCAGAGAGAUGCUGGUAAUUUUAUUCAAAGAGAAAAUGUGCCAUGUAGUUUACAAGUGGCUUUUGCAUUUUAA